AUGGCAUCAGCCAAUUAUCUCCGCACACUGCGCCCUUCCCUCCUCCCCUCUCCUCUCCUCCGCUCGCGUGCCCACAUCCCAGCUCCGCCGCGGUCCCCUGUCCUCUCCAGCCGCCAUGUUCAUCCGGGUCGAUACCAGCCCUUCGUCCCGCCCUCACCGGUCUCCUUAGGCAAGCCCACCCCAGCGAAAACCUACACACGCACGCGCAAAUGGCUGCGGCGCAUCGUCUAUUUGUCAUUGACUACGGGGGCGAUCUACAUCAUCGACAACCAAUUCUACGCCGCCGCCCUCACCCGCACAGCGCGCACCUUCAGCCUAGGUCUCAUCGUGGCACUGGACUACAAGAUCAAUUUCCGACCCAACCCACCGCUCGCCAGCUCCAUUGCCGCCGUGCACAAGCGCAAUGCAGAGCGUCUGUCUGACCUGCUGCGGCACAAUGGCGGCCUGUAUCUGAAGAUCGGCCAGGCGAUCGCCAUGCAGUCCGCCAUUCUGCCGCCCGAGUUCCAGAAGAUGUUUGCGCGCAUGUUUGACGAUGCGCCUCAGAACGACUGGAAGGAGGUUGAGAAGGUCAUCCGUGAGGACUUUGGCCGCUCUGCCGAGGAUGUCUUUGGGGUUUCGUUUACCGGAGAGCCUGGGAAGGGUGUCAUGGAGCGGACGGCCCGCGCCAGUGCCAGUGUUGCUCAGGUGCAUUGGGCCCGUCUUGCUGACGGGCGGGAGGUAGCUAUCAAAAUCCAGAAACGGGAGAUCGGCAAGCAGAUCAAGUGGGAUUUGUGGGCAUUCAAGGUUGUGACGUGGAUCUACAGCCGGAUGUUUGAUAUCCCUUUCUACAGCCUGGUCCCUUAUGUCACCGAGCGACUAUCGCUCGAGACGGACUUUGUCAAUGAAGCUGACAACUCUGAGAACAUGGCUCGGCUGGUGGCGGGCGAGCCCCGCCUCCGCGACCGGGUGUAUAUCCCAAAGGUCUACCGCGAGCUCAGCUCGAAGCGGGUGAUGACCGCCGAAUGGAUUGAGGGUGUGCGCCUCUGGGACAAGAAGUCGAUCACGCAACCCUGGCGCGGAGGCUGGCGUCAAGGCACGCCAGGCUGUCACGGCACGCCUCUCGACCCGCCCAACACGCAAGAAACCAUCAACCCCAGCGCCGCCCAGCUCAAACCCGAGCGCAGCCACUGGCGCGGUGGCUACAGCAACAGCGGCCUGGGGCUCUCCCUCAAACAAGUCAUGACCACGAUGGUCGACCUCUUCUCGGCGCAGAUGUUCCUCUGGGGCUACGUGCACUGCGACCCGCACCCGGGCAACAUCUUCAUCCGGCGCACGCCUUCCGGUAAUCCGGAGCUCGUGCUCAUCGACCACGGCCUGUACAUCCACAUGGACCCGGAGUUCCGGCACCAGUACGCCCGCUUCUGGAAAGCGCUCCUCACCUUCGACAACGCGGCCUUAUCCAGCAUCGUCUCCUCGUGGGGGGUGCAGAACACUGACCUCUUCGCGUCCGCGACGCUCAUGCGGCCCUACAAGGGCGGCGACCUCUCCACCCACCGCUCCGUCUCCCGCACCCUGUCAACCGACACCAACAACGACCCCGCGACCCUGCACUACGAGAUGCAGCAGUCCGCCCGCCGCGCCAUCCGCCAGAUUCUGGGAGAUGAGGAGAAAUGGCCGCGCCCGCUGAUCUUCAUCGGCCGUAACCUGCGCAUUGUCCAGGCCAACAACCAGUUCCUGGGCAGCCCCGUCAACCGCGUCAAGAUCACCGGCACGUGGGCCUCGCGCGCCCUCGCCGAGGAUCUGCCCGAAGGCGUGGUCGCCCGCGUGCGCGGCGCCUGGGGCCACCUCGUGUUCCGGGUCGUCUUGUUCGGCACGGAUCUGUUCUUCUGGUUCACCAAGGUGCGUCAGUUCCUGCGACUGGGCGGCGGCAUGGAGGAUGAGAUCGAGUUGCAGAUGCGCGGUGUGGCUAAGGAUAUGGGCGUGGAAUUGGGGAGUAAUAUUUUUGAGGGCUAG